AAUGCGAAGAAAGACAGAACGACAUUUGUGUCGACUUGUGUCGCUUGCUGGAAAGCUCCCAAAGAAACCAGGCUAUAAACUCUCUCUCUUUAUAAUAGUACAAUACAUUACUACAUUAUUCCAUUUUAUUUCAGCUAGAAGUUUACAAGGAAGGUUGCCACCGCCGCUGUCACCGUCGCUGCCACCGCCGCUGCCACUGGCACCUCCACCGACCCCCUUACCGGGGGUUUUACCGGUACCACCACCGGCAGGCCUACCGGCACCGGCAGCCGUAGCAGCGCGGGCUCCAGCACUGGCAGCCCUACAAGCGCCGGCUCCAGCGCCGGCUCCAGCGCUGGCUCCACCACCGGCUCCAGCACUGGCAGCCUUACAAGCGCCGGCUCCAGCGCCGGCUCCAGCACCGGCAGCCUUACAAGCGCCGGUUCCAGCGCCGGCUCCAGCACCGGCUCCAGCACCGGCUCCAAAUAUUAAAAAACAAGUCCAUCAACUCCUGCGGAGGGCAGCGGCCAAGGAGCGACGGAAGAAGGCCGCAUGGAGCCGGAACUGUUCAGCACCCGG